ACAGCAGACGACUGGAGCCGAGUGAAGAGGACGAAAAAACGUUGCAUCCUUCCUCGGUUUCACCUGCUUAUUACUCUAAAAAAAAAGGUGAUCGCUCCACUGAAACAGCACCGGACACACCGGAGAGGACACAGCGGGCAACAUGAAGCAUUUCCUGAGUGUGGUGACCCAGUUCUUCGUGUUCCUCUACUGUAAAUGUCUGUGGCGGGGCCUGAAGUUUGUCGCCAGGAAGUUCACGGGGCGCUGCGAGCUGCAGCGGAUCUGCUACAACAACAAGCAAGGAGCCCGCAGGACCCAUAAGAUAGAGUCGUCUCUGCGGUACUCCAAGAAUGAGCUGCUGCAGUCGGCCCUCAGCGUCCACCCUGACAAAGUGGAGAAAACCAUCGACGACAUCAUGGCCUUGAAGAGGAUUAACCCUGACACCAACCCACAGCUGAGCAUCUCUCUCCAGGCCAGCCUGCUGCAGAUUGUGGGCUACAGGAGCCUGGUGACGGAGGUGGAGAAGCUGCGCAGGGAACCGUACGACUGUGAAAACCCCGAACACGAGGACAUGCUGAUGAAGCUGUGGAAGGAGCUGCGUCCUGACACUCCUCUCACCGGACGAAUCUCCAAACAGUGGUGUGAGAUCGGUUUCCAGGGCAGCGACCCGAAGACUGAUUUCAGAGGCAUGGGCCUACUGGGCCUCCACAACCUGCUGUAUUUCGCAGAGCACGAUAAGGCCACCGCUCUGCAGAUGCUCCAUGACUCGCUGCAACCAAAGCACAAUGAGAUGAACAAGCCUGAAUGGGAACAGAAGAACCUCGACAAAGCUAUCGGCUACUCUUUCGCAAUCGUGGGCAUCAACAUCACAGACCUGGCGUACUCUCUGCUGGUGAGUGGAGCUCUGAAGACCCACCUGUACAACGUUGCCCCAGAGAUGCCCAGCCUGCUGCACUUCCAGCAGACCUUCUAGAUGUCCGGUAACCCUUUACACUCUCACAUAAAUGGUUCUUUAAACUACCGGACUCUCUCUCUGGAGGGGUUGGAGACUCUCUUCCUUUUUCCUCGCUCAGUCCACCUCGUCCCAGCUAACGUCAUAUUGCGUCACUGCCAAAAGCUCUCCACACACA